CUCGGGGCCGUGUAAGCAAAGUGGUGCCAAAAGGAUAGAAGAAAAGGGCCUCCGUGACGUGGGACGUGGGGGGAGCUGUCACGCACAAUCAUCUCACUUGUCGUCGGUGGGUGCACAUGGACUGUAUUCCUUUUUCGCCUCUGCCCUUGGCCUGUCCCUCUUCGCUUCUUCGCUUCUUCGCUUCUUCGUUUCUUCGUUUCUUUCCCGGUCUCUUGCACGCCCACUCCUCCCUUCCUUCGCUCUUUCGCCCCUCGCUUGUCCCACACCCACACCCACACCCACUCCCACUCGACUCUUCCUCCUUUCUUUCCUUUUCUUUUCUUCUUUUCUUUUCUUUUCUUUUCUUUUCUUUUCUUUUCUUUUCUUCAGGGAAUCCCACAAUGUUCUCCUUCAGACAGGACACCCCUGCUGCAGAGGGACAGCCACAGCCUGCGCCCGACACCGCCCCUCCCCCGCCUCCUCCCCCCGCCGCCGGCCCUGCUGAUAUCCCGGCGACCAUUGCCAGUCCAGCCACCCCUCCAAUGCCCGCCGCAGCCGCAACGGCCGCCCCGUCCUCAACCUCCACAGCGUCUGCUCCUGGUCCUGCUGCUCUAGACAAGCCUCUGGUACGAGUCCAACCCGACCCAUCGACCGAGGGAAUCGGUUGGGGGGCCCAAUUGUUCGUCUCUGUCUUCGUCUCCCCUUUUCUCUUCUCCGUGCCCAAUCGCACCCACCAUGCACCCGCCAUGUCCGUAUAUCUCGCUGCGACAGUCGCGACAGCUCUCCCAUCUGUUGCUAGUAGUCCACAUUCCUCUUAAAAUGCCUUGUGCUGCUGCAGAGCAGAAUACAUUACGAAGGGUAGCCUGUCGGCCCCUCUCCUCGGUCCUCGCUAUUUCUUCCCGCACUCCCAUCAGUCAUACCAUUAUCGCUUUUCUGGGACUCGAAAAGACCUGGAAAACCUCCUGCUAAUAUCAAACCUCUGUUUUUUUUUUGAUCCUCUCCU